UAUCAUGACACUCCAUUGGUCUUGAACAUCAAUUGAUGCUAGACUAUCUGGAAUUACCCAUCUAAUACUGCAUCAAUUGAUCCAAUUCCACACAACUGGUUUGCCCUUGUUCUGACCAGUUACAUAUCCCGGUCGCGCUACUCAAUAUCAAGGGAUAUUAAUAUAACGUCACUUGUUACUCAACUUCAAUACAGACAAGAAGAACAUCGUCAUCAUAAUGGCCACUCAUCCCGAUUAUCCGCGGGAUACUGUCACCCUACCCUCCAGCAUUCCAAUCCAGGGAGUAUACUAGGUUAAACCGAGAUCUCCGCCGUACAGGCCGAUACCGCCCUUCCGACGGGACGGAAGCACCACCGGAGGACCUCCACAACUCCGACCGGUAAGCUUUUUAGACUUCCAGAUAUAGCCUUUGGCUCUUCUCCGUCUUCCUCACCACCACCACCCAUCAUGUCUGGUGCCAGGAAUCUCUCUGUCGCCCUCCGACGGGCUCGCGUGCCCAAGCCUCGCUCUCUGCUGCGUCCUCUGUCCGUCUGCGCCCCGUCUCCCGCGACGACUGCCGCCCGCGCCUUCAGCGUCACCUCCGCGGCCAAUGCGACUAAGGAGAUCAAGUACACCAGCAACGCCUACCCCAACCUCAAGCGGGAUUCCAAGUUCGCCGAAAUCUCCGCCGACGAUGUUGCUUUCUUUAAGGAAUUGCUGGGCGCCCAGUCCGCCGUGAUCGAUGGCGUCACCACCGACGCGGCCGACGAUAUCGAGCCUUUCAACAGUGACUGGAUGCGCAAGUACCGCGGUCACACGAGACUGGUUCUCAAGCCCCAGACGAAGGAGGAGGUCAGCAAGGUGCUGCAAUACUGUAACGAGAAGAAGUUGGCGGUGGUUCCUCAGGGUGGCAAUACCGGAUUGGUUGGCGGUUCCGUGCCGGUGUUCGAUGAAAUUGUCAUCAACCUGUCUCGCAUGAACCAGAUCCGCUCGUUCGAUGAGGCUUCUGGUGUGCUGGUUGUCGAUGCCGGUGUCAUUCUGGAGGUUGCCGAUCAGUACCUCGCUGAGCGCAACCACCUGUUCCCCUUGGAUCUGGGUGCCAAGGGUUCCUGCCAUGUCGGUGGCAACGUGGCUACCAACGCUGGUGGUCUGCGUCUCCUCCGCUACGGCAGUCUCCACGGCACCGUCCUCGGUGUGGAGGCUGUUCUGGCUGACGGAACUGUCGUCGACUCUCUGUCGACCCUGCGCAAGAACAACACUGGAUACGAUCUGAAGCAGCUAUUUAUUGGUUCUGAGGGCACCAUCGGUAUCAUCACCGGUGUGUCCAUCCUGUGCCCCCCUCGUCCCAAGGCCGUCAAUGUCGCCUACUUUGGUCUCGAGAGCUACGACCAGGUCCGCCAGGCCUACCAGGAAGCCAAGGGCCACCUGUCCGAGAUUCUCUCCGCCUUUGAGCUCAUGGACGGCCGCACCCAGAAGCUCGUCCACGAGUCCACUGGCACCAAGUAUCCCCUGGAAGGCGAGUACCCCUUCUACUGUCUCGUCGAGACCAGCGGAUCCAACGCCGAGCACGACAUGGCCAAGCUGGAGGGGUUCCUGGAGCACAUCAUGGGCGAGGGCAUCGUUGCGGACGGUGUCCUGGCUCAGGAUGAGACCCAGUUCCACGCCAUCUGGCGCUGGAGAGAGGGUAUCACGGAGGCGCUGAGCCACUUGGGUGGCACCUACAAGUAUGACGUCUCCAUCCCUCUGCCGGAGCUGUACCAGCUGGUCGAGGACUGCAAGGAGCGUCUGACAAAGCUUGGAUUCGUUGGCGACGACGACUCGUUCCCUGUCCGUGCUGUUGUGGGAUACGGCCACAUGGGUGACUCCAACCUGCACCUGAACAUCUCGGUGCGCCAGUACAACAAGGAGGUCGAGAAGGCCAUUGAGCCUUGGGUGUACGAGUGGAUCCAAAAGCGGAAUGGCAGCAUCAGUGCCGAGCAUGGUCUCGGUCUUGCGAAGAAGGAGUUUAUCGGAUACAGCCAGAAUGAUACCAUGGUGAAGUUGAUGAAGCAGCUGAAAGGGCUAUACGACCCGAAUCCAUUGGCUGACUCGUUCUUUUCGCCUCGCGAUGUCUUGGUUUGUUGUACCUCGCUGAUCAGGCGGUCCAGUAUCCAUAGAACGUUCACAGUCGAUCGCACCAGGUUUGUAUCCCAGAUGGGGUCGUUCAUCGUUGACAGUGUCAUGAUGACUAGGAUGCUCCGCGCGAGACCGAUUUUACAUUCUCCGGCUCCAUACCAGGACGACAUGUCAGGUCAUUAUCAGAUGCUGGAGGAGCUGGGAAGUGGAAGUUUUGGAACGGUGUACAAGGCCAUUGAAAAGGCUACCGGAGAGAUUGUGGCGGUUAAACAUAUCGAUCUCGAAUCUAGUGAAGAUGAUAUCCAAGAAAUCCAGCAGGAAAUCUCCGUCCUCGCUACCUGUGCGAGCCAAUUCGUGACGCAAUACAAGGCGAGUUUUCUGAGAGGUCAUAAGCUGUGGAUUGUGAUGGAGUAUCUCGGUGGUGGAUCCUGUCUGGACCUGCUGAAACCCGGCGUUUUUAACGAAGCCCACGUCGCCAUUAUUUGCCAGCAAUUGCUGCUGGGUCUGGAUUAUCUGCACAGCGAAGGCAAGAUCCACCGCGACAUUAAAGCCGCCAAUGUACUUCUGUCGCAUACCGGAAAGGUCAAGCUGGCGGAUUUCGGCGUGGCCGCACAGUUAAUCAAUAUCAAAUCCCAACGCAACACCUUUGUCGGAACGCCGUUCUGGAUGGCGCCCGAAGUGAUCCAGCAGGCUGGAUACGACUACAAAGCGGAUAUCUGGUCCCUGGGUAUUACGGCGAUCGAGAUGAUCAAUGGCGAGCCGCCACACGCCAGCACUCACCCCAUGAAAGUGCUCUUUUUGAUUCCUAAGGAACCCGCCCCCCGCUUGCAAGGUGACGACUAUAGCAACACCUUCAAGGACUUUAUUGCACAAUGCUUGACCAAGGACCCCGACCGAAGACCGAGCGCCAAGGAGCUUCUGAGACACAAAUUCAUCCGCAAUGCGGGGAAAACGGAGGCUUUACAGGAGCUGAUUCACCGGAGGCAGGACUGGGAUGCUGGUCGGGGUGUGACACACAAAGUGAAGUAUUAUGCAGAGUCUCUCAAUACGAUUCGGAACCUGGAUGAUGAUGACGGAUGGGUCUUUGAUACCGUGAAAGCUCCCACGAUGGCUAUCCGCGAAGAGCCCGACGACUUUGAGAACGAGCCGGAACCCCAGGACUGGGUGUUUGAUGAAGCCUCCGAGCUGAUGGACGACUUGCACAUCUCUAGCCCGCCUAUUCCACCGAAGCACGCAACGAAUACCGCCGUCCGACGAGCACCGGCCCCCGAGCGCAGUCCAUCCUUGCGGCGUGCCAAGCGGCGAUCCAGCGGGGUGAAGCAACCUCUGGGGGUGGACAUGAGCUUUGGGAACAGUCCCUCGACCGUCCGCCAAUUCCGUCGGGUGUCGGAUAAGAUCCCCGCCGACGCUUCGUACCCCCCGCAGUAUUCCUACACGGAUGAAAAUGCCAGUCCCAAGACGCUCUUCUCGGAACCCAACAGCAAGGAAGCACAGCUGGGCCGUCGCGCAUACAGCAAGGCGGUGGGACUUGCCUGUCAGGAGGUGUUAAGCACGACGGGAGAUGACGAGAAGCGCGAGGCGAUUUCCCGGCUGGCCGAGGCGUGGAGUGAUCUGGAAAUGAUCGACCCCGAGGGUCUGUAUCAUAUCGUGAGGGCGAUGACGGAGCGACUGCAAGGCGACCCCAAGCUGGCCAGCCUCGUCCCACCCGCUCCACCGGCCGAAUCCCCACAGAGGCCGCGACUGGUUCUGGCACAAAACAACCCACAUCUGAAAAGCCACCGGCGCCGCCAGAGUGCGGCAGUGGCCGAGCCCAACCUGCAGCCGGCGCAGCUGGCGAAUCUCCCGGGCCAGCAAGUGCCGGGGAUGGAGCACACGAAGCAGUUGUCGGAUGUGCUCUAUCAACGAUGGUCGGAAGGCCUCCGCAACCGCUGGCCGGGGAUCUAA